GUUCAUCAAUAGAUAGUAGAGCAGAUCUUAUUUCUGCAAUUAGAGUAUCAUCAGAAUUUACUGAUUCAGAACGAAUUAUUUUAUUAAAUAAAGAUUGGAAUUUAACAGAAUUAGAUGAAUGGGGUGAUUUACCUGCAUUGAUAGAACAAAAUUGA